AUGUCUUGCGCUGGUGAUAUUAUACGAAAUGCGGCUCAUGCAGGAUCUUGGUACACUAAUAAUCCGAGAACAUUGGACAGAGAAUUAACCGAAUGGCUUUCUGCUGCAGGUUGUCGUAGUUCACAAUCUGCUCGUGCCAUCAUUUCACCACAUGCUGGUUAUUCAUAUAGUGGGGAAGUUGCUGCUUUUGCUUUCAAACAAAUAAAACCGGAAACUGUUAGUACCAUAUUCAUUUUUGGUCCAUCUCAUGUGAUAUCACUAGAUGCUUGUUCAUUAUCUUCUUGUUCACUCUAUCGCACACCCAUAGGCGAUCUUAAAAUCAAUCAGAAAGUAAAUAUGGAGUUGAAAGAAACAGGGGUUUUUUCCUUGAUGGAUUUGCGUAAUGAAGAAGCAGAGCAUAGUAUCGAAAUGCAAUUACCUUAUAUUGCAAAAAUUAUGGAAAAACAACCAGCAGACAGUUAUAGUAUUGUACCUGUCUUGGUCGGUUCAUUGUCACCUUCUAAACAAGCUGCAUAUGGCAAAAUAUUUAGCAAGUAUUUGUCAGACCCAAGAAUAGUGUUUGUGGUCAGCUCCGAUUUUUGCCACUGGGGAAACCGUUUUCAUUUUACUUCGUACGAUAGCAGUUCAGGUGUACCAAUAUUUGAACAAAUAGCUGCUAUGGAUAAGGAGGGAAUGGAUAUAAUCUCCAGUCUUGAUCCUGCUGCCUUUGGAAAAUAUUUGAAAAGGACACAAAAUACUAUUUGUGGUAGAAACCCGAUAAGUGUCUUGCUUUAUGCAGCGGAAUACUUUCGUCAAAUGAAUAGUCACCGUGCUGAAUUUGUUUUCCUAAAAUAUGCACAGUCCAAUCAGAGCCGUAACCAGAACGAUUCAUCCGUAUCAUAUGCAGCAGGUGCCCUAUUUAUUUAUCCCCAGGAAUAA